GCUGGUGAGAUGUCAGGUGAGGACACACGAUUUGAUGACGUCAUGGCGUCUGCCAGAGACACAGCUCUUCGCCCGGACAUCAACUCCAUUUUCACGGACAUCCUUGUAGAAGGUCAAAGAAUUACAGACGAUGAAAACUUCUUCCAUUCGGUGCCAACAAUGGACGCUCCGCAUUCUGCACCACAUUCUCGCUCUUCCUCAUUCAAGAACAGGCCUCGACCCAGGCUCAACCUCGAUAUUCUGGCAGCUCAGAGGCCACGAACUAAUAGCCUGCCCAACGCUUAUUUAACUCUUCCAGAUCCCUUUUACAUGCCAGAGACUGGCCGAAUGCACAGGGUCCGCUCUUUUAAGACAACUUCUAAAGGCCUAAUCAACCACGGGGACUCCUUCAAGACAUCUUCCAGCAGGUAUACAAAAUACACGACAUCGCCUAGUACCUAUACACAAUACAUGACGUAA